AUGGUCGCUCCAGCUAUUGUCUUGGGCAUUCGUGCCACUCAGGCUCUCUUCGCCAUCAUCGUGCUAGGCCUGACAGCUUACCUUGUCAGCCUAUACACCAACCCAUGGGCUAGCUGGUCUCCUCACAGCUUGAACUUCAUGCUCUUCACCUCGAUAUGGACUCUCCUCGCGGUCGCAUACCUCACCCUGGCACCUACACGCUUCCCUCGCGCUGCCCACAAGUUCGCCAUUGCAGGAGUCGAGUUCCUGACCAUGCUCUUCUGGUUCGCUGCCUUCAUCGCAGUUGCCGUGCUUUGGCGUGACAUCUACUGGGGCUGGAGCGGUCACGGCACUGCCCACAAUGUUGGUGUUGCCGCUAUUGUAUUCGGUGCCUUCCUCUGGCUACUCUUCCUCGCUACCACCGUCCUCUCUGCGCUUCAUAUCCGCAACUCGUCUCGCAACAACACCGCGCCCCCACCAAACAUGGCUGGUGUCUAA